CCAGGGGAAGGCGGAGCCGGCGCCAUUUUGAGAGUGAGGGAUUGCCCUCCGCUCCCCUCCCCCACCGCCGGCCGGGGGUGCUUCGCUCGCCGGGACGGCGGAAGACGGGCUGGCGGACGCCCGUGUCUUGAGAUGCUUCAUGCUGAAAGUAGAGUAAGGCUGUUGGAGUGUCAGGAUGAAAUCGCAACUGAACCGUGUUCUAAAAAGAUGAAGUCAACAGAAGGGGCUUUUGAGAACCUCUCUGAUUGUGGCAACCAAGGCACUCAAGAAGAAGAGGACCCUGACAGAACAUCUAAUGAUUUGAUACCAGUGUGUGUUUCAGAUAAUGAAGGGGAUAAUGAACUGCAGAAGCAAGAGAAAAUACCUAUGAAUGUCUUGGGAGCAGCGAAUGAAGUGCUUCUAGAAGGUAAUCUAGAGUUUCAUCAAACAGUUGAUUCUGUGAUUGUGCAGAACAUAAAUCCUCCAUUUGUAUCAAUAAAUGACACUGAGGAUGAGGGAAAGGAAGAUCCUCUUACUGCGAAUGAUGUCAAUGAAGAUAAUACUAAAAAUAGUUGCAAAGCAUUCUCAAUAAAUAGAAAUGAGUCAGAUGAAGAGUUUAUUACAAGCAAAGAAUUUAUUGGACCGAUUUACAAGCCUGCUGAGUGUAAUACACAGGACCAGUCUGGGAGCUGUGAUGAGUAUCAAAGCAGCGUGGGAGAUGGCACGCAUGAAAACAGAACUGAAGGAACUGAGGCAGAGAAGUUGCCGGCCAUUUCUUCUCCUGUAUCAGGAAUGGAUGAUGAACUGGACCAGUUCUACAAAGAAAUUCACCAGCUGGAAAGUGAAAACUUAAAUCUGCUUCAGGAAAAAGAAACUGAAACUUUUCAGGAACAAUAUUCUGUGUAUAAUUGCAGUCAAACAUCACAAGAGGAUUAUCAACAUGUAUUGUUGGACAGCCUACAACCAUUUUAUGAGAACGGACAGUAUUUCUCUAGGGAACAGGGAAGUCAGAAAAUAAGCAGUGAGCAGCAGUUUGUCAUGGAAACAAGUGGCUGGAAAACUGAAAAUGCCUUUAAUGGACAAAUGGAGUCUAAUUAUUCAGUGCCUGAAUUCAGACCUGCCUGGCAAUCAAGGGAGUCUUUCAUAGUACCUCAGGGGCCUCCUCCUCCUAGACUGACCCAUCAGGCACAUUUUCAGAUACUUAAUUCCACACAGCAAAAAACAAAUGCUUUUCCUUCUCGGAAUGAUGAACUUUCUUAUGAAAAUUACUAUGGCUACCACGAAGAUCGGGAUAUCAACUGUCAUGGUCCAGUGCGUGAUCAGAGUAGCUACAGUGUUGGUCCUACUGAUUUCCAUAGUACUCAGGUAUUUAGAAAUGGAAAUAAUCACCAGAGUGGACUCCAAAGUAAUGGUUUCUGUGAAACCAGAAAAGAGUAUUGGGAAGAACCAAAAACUUACAGUGCAGAAGGAAUUCAUAGAUUUUCUUUCCUACCUGAGGAGAGGUCUGAUUGUUCACAGAAAGUGCUCCUUAUCUUAAGAGGCCUACCUGGGUCGGGGAAAUCAACGCUAUCUCGGUAAGUGAUAGGACAAAGGGGAAUGGUUUUAAACUGA